ACGCAACCCAGAUGCGGAAGCUAGAGUGAUUCUCACAGAAGCAGAAGCGUCGUUCGUGUUCUUGUGUAGCCUAUGCAUGCAUGCUGCUGCGGGGCAAAUCAACAUCAUAUGGUCCUGGGUUCCUUGAUAUUCUUCCGAUUUAUACCUUGGUUAGAGGCUCGCAUUUGUAGCCCCAAAAUGCUUUGUGCGUCAGCAGCAGAGAGAAAUAAAGAACCCAUUGUAUCGGUCCUCAGGGACUGCGUCGAGACCAGUCGUCCGCUUAAAGCGUUGGAGAUCUCGUCAGGUUCAGGUCAACAUGUUGUGCAUUUCGCUCAAGCUUUUAGGAAUGUUACAUGGCAGCCCUCCGACAUUGAUGCGCAGUCUGUAUCCAGUAUACAGGCUUACAGAAACCACCUGAAGCUUGACAAUGUGAAGUCUCCUAUUCAGCUGGAUGCCUCUCAGUCAUGGGAGAACUGGGGAGGCUUCGACCCCGAGUCCUUGGACAUAGUGGUCAACAUCAACAUGAUGCACAUAUCGCCUCUGGCCUGUACAAAAGGCUUGUUUAAAGGGGCAGGAAUAAUCUUGAAACCGCAAGGACUGCUAUUCACGUAUGGGCCCUACUCGGUGAAUGGAGUCAUCACACCGCAAAGCAAUGUUGACUUUGAUUUCAGCUUGAGACAGAGGAAUCCAGAGUGGGGACUGAGAGACGUGUCUUUUCUCAACUCCUUGGCAGAAGAAAACGGGCUGUUUCUUCAGAAGAUGGUGGAUAUGCCUGCAAAUAACAAGUGCCUCCUGUUUCGUAAGGAAAGCCGAGUAUAGUUCAGUAUUUUUGACAACAGUUUUAAAUUCACAAGACACUUUGUAAAUAAGUCUGCCAAACUGAAUAAAAAUCCGCUCAAUAUUUUAUUCAUUCACUCACUCAUUCUUUUCACUCUUGAACAACACAGAAAACUUACCAUUAUGUAUGAGUUUUGUCUAAAGCACAUCGUUUUGUAUAAUAUUUUUAUUAAGAUGCAUACGUUUGUGUAAUAUUUUACUACUAAUCAUUAUGAAAACUACUAGAAAUGAGAAUGAACUUUUAAUAACUUGGUUAUUGUUUACCUUUAGUUUGACAUACACUCAGGACUGUUGUCUCUUGAAAAAGAGAUCAAAUAAGCUAAGUGCAAAACAGUUUGACUCCAUGAGAGUACCGGUAAAUAUUGUGAGGCUUAUUACAUAGUUGAGGAGUUUGAGGGCAAGGCUGAAAUAUUCAUUAAGUUUUCCAAGGAUGAUAUGCAUGUACGUAUUAAUACCACUUAACUAGCAUGGAUAUAUUUACUGUACACAUUUCAGUUGCCUAGUUUACUACAAAUUCAUUUUUCACUUUGUAAUGUUCCACUAUUUGGAUGUCAGACAUUUUGCAUGAUGUUAUAUAAACUUCCUUGCUUUGUGA